GUUCAACGAAAUUAUCAACUAUAAGUACGCCCAAAUCAUCUUCGACACAAUUAGCAUAUGUCAGUGUUCCUAGUAUUAUUGCAGUCCCUGGAGAAAUAACUACAGUACAGGCAUGUCGCAUCACCCCACAAGGAGACUGGCUAUAUGUUAGCCUGUCCGUCUAUUACAACCAGACAUCGCAUGUCAUCGAGAAAUUCCACUACAACCAAACUGUAGAGAAACUGGAUUUAGUAGACAGGUUCAGUGUUGUCACAAGCAUGAGCUAUGAUGAUAUCAUUGUGAACAUGACUCUAAAUUUAACAGCGCCUACAAUAGAUAUUUGUUCCUUGGAUUACCUAUAUAACGUUUCAUGCUCCGUGACAAUGGAUGAUGUUGUUAAGUCUGAAUGGGCAAAUAGCAGCCACAUUAUCAUCACAGCUCCUCCUGCCAAUAUAUCGAUCGAGAUCGAACCUAGUUAUAUCAGUGGUUCAGUGGGAGGAGACACAAUUAACUGCACCGCAAUAAUGAAUCCUUAUACAACAACAUUGUCACCUAUUAUUUUUUUAAAUGAAAUGUAUGAAGUAGUACCGAGAAACAUUACACAAACAUUUAUCGGACCAAUGGUGGCUAACGAUUGUACUUAUCAGAUCCGUGUGAUGUUAUCUGCAACUUUUGAUAAUUUUAAUGGAUCUUUCAUGGCUUGCAUGGCAAAGGACAUUGCAUUAGGACAUGAAUAUUUUUCUAAAAGAGAACCUAUUAUUAUAGUUAAUGAACAGGUUUGAAGACAAUGUAACGUACAAGCAAUUAUCCUUUAAAUUAAUCAGUCCAUUUUUAUUAUUGUAGGUAGCAAUUGUAUGUAAACGCUCAAUGCGAAAUCCAGAUAUUUAAUCUCCCUUGCCAUUUACUUCCUUCUCGGGAAUCAAAGUCUUAUUAUCGGUUCAACCAUAAUUUACAUUUAAGCAUAAUCAAAAUCCAUAAAACAUUAACACAAACAAGCACCGUAAUAUCAUAUAAUUAUUCCUGUUUGUUUACGCUAUACU